CUAGUGAGAUAUUGCGCUUGAAUCAGCAACAGUUUUUGUCUCGGACUGUUGUUAUUUACUUUAUCGAUACCAAUUGUUAUCAGCAUUGUAGCUCUUAAGAAGCCCAGCCUGUGUUCCAGUCCGCAUAAAGCUAAAAUGUUACCUGCUAUUUAUGCUACCUAUUUGAAGCCAAUGAAAUAAAUUAGAUUAAUUUUUCUCUAUAUUAUAUCACCUUUUUGAUUUUCUUCGAAAGAACAGCAUGGGAAAAAAAGAUCAUUCAAAACUUGUGGGAUUCCGAUCAGUGCUUUCGUGGGACAAGAAAGUUCCAGACACGCAACUUGAAAAAUUCAAGAAAGUAGUCGAGAAGAAGUUCAAUCUACAUUUUGAUUCUUAUUGGGAUUUCCACAAAUGGUCAAUAGAAAAUUCUGGAAAAUUUUGGGAAGAAAUAUGGAAUUACUUCGGCAUGAUCGUAUCUAAACCUUAUGAACAGAUAAUCGCAUUUUUAUUGAAAAAAGCGUUACAGUUAUAAUAUUACAGUAAAGGGAAGCUAAACACUGUGAUCAAAAGUCGAAAUUUCUGUAUUUCUUUAAUUUUAUUUUAAAGAGAAAUAGAUUUCUCCCUAUAUGA